UAUCUUUGUGUUGUGCAUGCCACUCAUCAUCGAACCUCUGAUAUUUUUUCCUCAGGUCAGAAACUACCUCUGUCAAAUUGAAGUCCCCAAUGGCGUACGAAGACACUAUCAGAAUUCCGCCGGAGAUCAUCUCCAACAUUUUAUAUCGACUCCCGGCCAAAUCUCUUGGUCGCUUCAGGUGCGUUUCAAAGGAUUGGCUAUCCCUAAUUUCAGAACCCCAAUUCAUCAAAACCCAUCAAAAUACCCGCAACCGAAGUCAACUCAUCUUCGUCUCCAACCAUCGUCCACUAUAUUCACUUCCAUUUCAUCACGAUGAAGCAGAAGCAGUACUAGAACCAACGAAGAUUCUCCUUGAAUCGUAUCACACCGACUUCAACCUCCAUGGUUCUUGCAAUGGCCUUGUUUUGGUGUCUGCUCGUACCUUCGCGAGUGUUCAUGUGCUCGUAGUUUUAAAUCCAACGACAAAGGAAUUCGUGGAAUUGCCAGCAUCCGAUUAUGAGAUGAUCAAUGCUUCCUCAGAAAUUGAAAUCAUGUAUGGAUUUGGCUAUGAUUCAUUGAAUGAUGAUUACAAGGUUGUUACCAUCUCCUACUUUCAUUAUAACUAUCUGAUUCCUCCUGAUGAUAUGGCAAUCCAUGUUUAUAGCCUUAGAACUAAUACUUGGAGGAGGGUGUCUGAUUCUCCUUAUGAUCAUUCUUAUGGGAGGAAUUUACCAGGUGUUUUUGUUAAUGGAUUUCUUCAUUGGGUUGCUAUGAAGGAUUCGGAUCAUGUACCAGUGAUUCUUGCUUUUAGUUUAGCAGAGGAGAAGUUCAGUGAAUUGCCAUCGCCCAGUUUGCAUGAAGAUGUUGAUAUCAUGUAUAGGAAUGAUUGUAAACUGGUUGUUCUUGGUGGAAAGCUUGCAGUUUUCAUGGAAGAUGAGGUCUGGUUGAUGAACGAGUAUGGGGUAAGGGAAUCUUGGACAAAGAUUUUAGUCCAUGGAAUCCAUGAAAUUCCAAUGGUUGAACCAAUGAUUUUUUAUGACAAUGGAAAUUUUCUGUUGGUCGGCCGUGAUCUAAUGGUGAUAUACGACAUUAAAGAAAGAAGUUUCUGUAAAAGUGGUAAUGUUUCUUGGAAUAUGAAAGACUUGAAGGUUAGAGGUUCUUAUGUUGAAAGCCUUGUCUCGCCAAAAUUUAUCUGAUCAAGUGUAAAUCGAUAAAAUGAAGCACAUGUGCGUGUCUAGAAAUAAGGCUUAGUUUAUAUUUCCAAGCAUGUUUGUUGUAUUCUUAACUUUGCAUUAUACAUUUUGUUAAAGUUGAAUUUAUCAUGAGAUAAUUUCAACGAUGAAUGGUGUUUUUCUAAAUAAAGUACCUUGCAGUCUUUUAGA